UCAGACCUUCUGUCAUUCAAGAUUGUGACUGAUCACAACUUCACAAUAAAGAUGUCGAACGAAGCUGCGAACAUUAGUGGCGAGUCACAGCGAGCAAGGUGGAAGUACCUUGACCGCAUCCUCUCCCGUCCUGGUCCAUUCACGGACCCGGAUUGGGAGCCCGGUGAGCCAGUCAUCGAAUCUCUCUCCCGGUCCAAGAUCCUGGUCAUCGGGGCAGGAGGAUUAGGAUGUGAGAUUCUCAAGAACCUAGCACUGUCAGGAUUUAAAGACCUUCAUGUCAUUGAUAUGGACACUAUCGAUGUCUCGAACCUUAACCGCCAAUUUCUAUUCAGGCAUGCAGAUGUAGGAAAGCAUAAGGCAGAGGUUGCUGCUAGGUUUGUCGAGAAGCGCGUGAAAGGCGUCAAGAUCACACCAUACUGUGGGAAGAUUCAGGACAAAGACGAGGAAUAUUAUAUGCAGUUUGCUAUGAUAGUCUGUGGACUUGAUAGCAUUGAAGCCCGUCGUUGGAUCAAUGCAACGCUCGUGGGAAUGGUGGAUAUGCAAAAUCCAGAUUCUUUAAAACCACUCAUCGACGGCGGAACCGAGGGAUUCAAAGGCCAAGCAAGGGUUAUCUUCCCCACGAUGACAAGCUGUAUCGAGUGCCAGUUGGACAUGCACGCACCACGAGCUGCGGUCCCUCUCUGCACACUGGCGACCAUUCCUCGUCAACCGCAGCACUGUAUUGAGUGGGCUCACAUAAUAGCAUGGGAAGAAGAGCGUAAAGACAUCACUCUCGACAACGACGAUCCCGAGCAUAUUACCUGGCUCUAUCAGAAGGCACUGAAACGCGCACAAGAGUUCGACAUAAGUGGGGUCACCUACUCGAUGACGCAAGGUGUUGUGAAAAACAUCAUUCCCGCAAUUGCGUCUACGAACGCUAUCGUCGCUGCCAGCUGCUGCAAUGAAGCGUUCAAGAUUGCCACGAACACCAACCCCUUCCUGGGCUUUCCGGAAACAGAUAACUAUAUGAUGUACACUGGAGACGAGAGUGUGUACACUUAUACGUUCCAGCACAUGAAGAAGCCAGAUUGCCCGGUGUGUAGCGAGGAAAAUCUUGCCAGACCCCUUCAAGUCGACUCGAGAUCUUCGCUCCAAGAGUUUUUGGAGGGACUAGCUGAACGCCCCGAAGCACAACUGAAGAAACCAAGCAUCCGUAGCGAAGAGAAGUCUCUGUACUAUCAGUUUCCACCAGAUCUCGAGGAACAAACACGCGGAAACCUUUCCAAGAAACUCGCAGAUCUGGUCUCCAACGGAGAAGAAGUUGCCAUCACCGACCCAGCCUUCCCCCUCCAAUUCAAGUAUAAAUUGAUUUUCCAAUAGUAAUCUGCAAACGAGCAGUACUGGAGUGCUCGAUGAUGGAUCAAGGGUGUACAUUGACCAGGUGGAAAUCACCGAACUUGGGCCUGGUGCAUAAGCAAAUGAUCUUUGUACUAAGAAAGUAGAACAGAGAAUGAGAGUCUCAGUAGACAUCUCUAUCACCUUGACGUUACCACUCUCCUUGUAGUGACGUAAAAUAUAGCAUCUCUCACCAUCAAUCAUAGCG